AUGCGGGCACCUUCCCUUGAUUCCCCGCAUCCAGUAAGCCCAACCCGCGGGAAGCCCCACCUGGCAUCUAAGAGGUCCAACCCCAGGGCCUGCCCUGCCCCAUCCUACGACCAAAAAGCCCAACCCUCAGGGGCUGUCCCACCUGGCAUCCACAGAGCCCGACCCUCGGGAGGGAGGGAGGUGCCUCACCUGACAUCCAAGAAGCCCUAUCCCCGGGGUAUCCCACCUGGCAACCUAGCAGCCCGACCCCGGGCACCGACCACCUGGCAAUCAAGUGGCCCAAGCCCAGGGGGUGCCCCACCUGGAAUCAAAGAAGCCCAACCCCAAAGGGCUGCCCCACCUGGCAACCAAGUGGCCCAACCCUCGGGGGAUGCCCCACCGUUGCCUACGAGAAUGGAGAGGCCGUAA